AUGAGUGGGGCUGCGUUCCCCUCGCCGGCAGCGGAGCUGGCGGAGAUGAGCCGCCUGCAGUACGAGAUGGAGUACACCGAGGGCAUCAGCCAGCGCAUGAGGGUCCCCGAGAAGCUCAAGGUGGCUCCUCCAAACACUGACCUGGAGAAGGGCGCCCAGGAAGGAUUCCCAAAUGCCAGUGUAACUAUGCAGGUUCCAGAGCGGAUUGUAGUGGCAGGUAAUAGUGAAGACAUUCCAUUUCCCAGACCACCAGAUCUUGACCUUCUUCAGUCUACUCCAUUCAAAUCACUGGCAUUGAAAACUCCUCCCCGUGUUAUUUCUCUUAGUGAUCGACCACUAGAUUUUUUGGACCUCGAAAAACCUCCACAGCAGACACCUCAAAAUGAAGAGGUGCGCUCGGCGGGGCGGCUGAAGCGGGAGCGCUCCAUGAGCGAGAAC